AUGCACAUAUCUCACGUGAACCCAAUCGGCGCGACCAACUUCAAAAAGGUGAAGAAUGACAUCCUCAUUAUUCGUAAUGGACCUCGCUUUUUGAAACCAGUACCGAAACAAGUAUUCAUGUCUAAGACAUAUGGAACUUCCACCAGGAGAACAAAGAGGUUUACGGGUUGCUGGACUUGUAGAAAGCGUGGAGUUCGAUGCGAUGAAAGCAGACCUGGAUGCAAGAACUGCGUAAUCCACAGGGUCAAGUGUGAGGGUUACAUGGUGAAACUAUGCUGGGGUAACAAUGACGCGCCUUUAUCUGAACGCAGAUAUCAGAAAACCCGAAGUCUCAUGCUGUAUGAGUGGAAGGAGAACCAACUACUGGACGAUAUACAGGUUGAGAACUCAUUGGAUAGGAUUGAAACUGCUUCGGGGUUUCUUACUUCCAAAAAUCUGGAGACUAGUAAGGAGUUCGGCUAUGGUCCGUUCACUGUUUUCAGUGUUUCUAGCAAGGUGGAAAUUGGAAAUGCUUUGGUGGAUCCCUCUUCUGAAGUAAUCGCAAUGGGAACUGCUGGCAAAAUACGAGAAAGACUGGAACAGACCUCUUUUGUGGGUGUACGCCCAAAUUUGGAAAUCGAAAUUGCUCUGCUUUGUUUCUGGGACCGUUAUUUCAGCAAGUCUCUUACACCGGUGGACGAAACUGAGGUGAAUCCAAAUAAUUUGCUGUUGAAGGAAGCACUUGACAAACCACAUCCUGCUGAUAUUCAGAGGGGGAUCUUCCAUACUCUCUGUGCAAUUUGUUCAGGUUUUCUAUCUACCAGUGCUGAUCAGAAUUUUAUAGCCCCUGAGUACCAAGGGACCAACUUCCGCGAGUACGCCAAGUUUCACAAAAUCAGGGCUCUCGGUUUCGUCUCUGACAAAUACUCGUGGAAAGAACUUUGCACUACUGAAGAAUUGAUUUUCUUGGUUGGGUCCAUAUAUUUUCUGUUGGUAUCUGAUGCUUUCAAUAGCUCAGAUGAGUGGCAGAUACAUUUGAGAGGUGCUGUAUCGGCUCUGAAAACCAUCAGCGAUUCGGAUGGUGGCAUCUUAAUCUCAGGACAAGGCGACCCGGAAGGAUUAUCCAGUGCAUUGCUAUUUUUCUCUCAAAUGACGAGACUGUCGUACCUGCAGAGCACAUUGUAUCUGCUCAGUGAUGAUGUUUGCAAUAAGAACCUAACAGUGCAGGAUUUGGAGUUCAUGAGGUUUCCAGAAGACAACAUGACGGAAUCACUUGUGUAUCGCAACUCAGGAGUCACGCCAGGUAUGAUGAAGUGUUUGACACGCAUAGUUAAAUAUCUUCAGUUCGCGAACGCAGCGGAGAGACAAGAACAAGAAGUCUCUGAAAUUCAGCAGGAGCUGAUAAACUGUGAGCCUCCAGCAUUCAAUGCCAGCCUCGACUCUCUGAACUCGUUGAUAGUACACCACCAGUCUUUUAUAUUCUACACUGCCAUUAGCUUGCUGUUCUUUAGGGAAGUGAAGAUGCAAGAUGCGCACAACCUGCAAGAUCUGGUGAGCUCUGGAAUUGACCACAUGGAAAUAUACCAAGACAUCUCAAAGAAGUUCCCGGGACUCGGGUUGUUUUGGCCAGUUUUUAUUAUUUGUUGCGAGGCAACCUCUCUCAGUUCUCAAGCAAGAGUUACAGAAUGGCUCAAUAUAGUUGAGCAGUACUGCGUGGACACAGUGAAGCGGGGUAUUCGCGUCAUAAAGACGGUUUGGGAUAGAAGAGAAAAUGGUGAUCAGGUUAGCUGGUUGUCUGUUAUACGGGAAGUCGACUCGUCAUUGUUUUUGGCUUGA